AUGUACCACGACGAGCGGGAGGAGAGACAGAGUAGUCGCGCCGAGACCGAGGCCGCACUCAUUCCUCUCUGUGCGGAUAUCAUUCGCAGCUUCGUCCGUCUGGAAGAGGACACCCAACACCGCAACAUUGUCGCCUGGCGUCCUGUGGUGGUGGAUGUCAUCGACGGAUACACCAACUUCCCGCAACAGGACUUUGAUAAACACAUUGGGACGUUCUACCCGCUCGGAGUUGAGUUGCUGAGCCGUGAUCUUAACCCUGAGAUCCGCGUCGCUCUUCAGUCCCUACUGCGCCGCAUCGGCGAGGUCCGACUGGGCGUUGCUCCGCCAAACCCCCUGGACGCCCCGAUCAGCCCGCGGAGCUCCGUCUCUCAGAAGGCGUCGCGCCGUGACAGCCAGGUCUGA